CUUCCAACGACAGACGCUAGAGCCCGUACAGUUUAAUUUGCGCAACACACGAAUAAGCUUGAAGCAAGCAUAAAAUAGUUGUAUUACUUCUUUAUAAAUAGUAACAGACAAAUCACAAAAUUAUUAUGGCCGAUAAACCAAAACGCCCUCUUUCUGCCUACAUGCUGUGGCUGAACAGUGCCCGCGAGGGCAUCAAGCGCGAGACUCCCGGCAUCAAGGUCACCGAGGUGGCCAAGCGCGGAGGAGAAUUAUGGAGAGCCAUGAAGGACAAGUCGGAAUGGGAGGCAAAGGCUGCCAAGGCUAAGGAUGAUUACGAUCGUGCCGUCAAGGAGUUUGAGGCUAAUGGUGGUAGUAAUUCCGCCAAUGGCAAUGCCAAGAAACGCUCCAAGCCCGCGAAAAAACCCGCAAAGAAGACCAAGAAGGACGACUCUGACGAUGAUGAUGAUGAUGAGAGCGAGUAGGAUGGAUCUUUCAAGGACCAUCUUGCAUUCACCAUCAGUUAUCCAUCACCAGUCAUACAACAAAACACUACAACAUCAGUGGAUCGAAGAUUUUACCUGCAAAACGAACACCACACACGAUAUAUGCAGUCCCCUUCACCAAUCUUAUAAUAGAGCAAACACACACAAAAAUCGAUAGAUCAUCCAUCAGAAAAGUAACACCAAAACUGCAUGAGCUGUUCGUGUUGCCAGAAACGGCAGGAGGAGAGCCAAUCCAACCACAAAAAAUAAGAAAAAUUGUAUUUAUACAUAUGAAUUUAAGUCUUAGUAGUCGUUUCUUUUAUAAUGCCCUAUACACACCAAGAGAGAUAGACACAAUCCACAAACAAAAGUUGAACGAAAAAAGUACAGAGGGAUCAACAGCAUGUAAAAAUGUGUGUUUUCCUCUAGCGAUCUCUUCUGCGGCGAGGAGAUGGAACUUAUCUUGCGUAUAAAAAUUGUAAAGUAAACGAUAAAAUAAUUCCAUUAAAAAUAAAAACAUGAAAACAAGUUCUCCCGGUGGAUGUUUUCGAUUAGAUGUAGCGUUGUACAAAUGCAGGGCCUCCAGAGAGUAAGAUUAGCGAUCCACAUUACACACACAAACAACACAACACCGCAAAUGAAACAAACGAAAUAUCGCUCAGGUCUUUUCGUCAUUUCGUAAUUGCAUUAAACUUUAAUAAUGUUUAAACGUCUUGUUAUGUAAAAAAGAUGUGUAGCCGAAGAAGCAGAAGGUAGAGGAUGAGUUUUGGAGAGAAAGCAGAUGUAAUUGCAUUUAAUCGGUAGAUUUAAUUGAUAAUUAUACAUAUAAUUUAAUGAGAAACCCACAAAAUAAAGCGAAAAAUACAUUUUUUAAAUGCGUUAAA